CCGAGAGGUUUCAGUGCCCGGGGCGGUGCGCGCGCGCUUCCUGCGGACGCACAGGUGUGAACAUCACAGAUGUCGUCAGAUGACAGAAGAUCCAGGACUCGUGGCUACGAUGCCGUCCUGGGGGACUUGCCCUAUCCAGAUGACACCAUAAGAACCCUACAGACCCUUCGUGACAGCAACCUGGCCGUGAGCUCUGAUCCUUUGCCACCACCCCCUCUCCCGUUACAGCCACCAUUCGGUCCAGACUUCUACUCAAGUGACACAGAGGAACCAGCCAUAGCCCCAGAUCUCAAACCCAUCAGGCGCUUUGUCCCUGACUCCUGGAAGAACUUCUUCAGAGGGAAGAAAAAGGCCCCAGAAUGGGAUAAGCCAGUGUGCAACAUCAGAUACAUCUCUGAUGGCGUGGAGUGCUCACCUCCAGCCUCUCCAGCAAGAUCUAACCACCAUUCCCUCCCCAACUCCUGCAAAGAUCCUUACGGAGGGUCAGAAGGAACCAUCAGCUCCCAGAAAGAGGCCAAUGCGAUGCUUCCCCACGAUCCCUAUGGAUCUCUGAGCCGACACACACAAACAGCUCGGACAUACAGUGAAAAGGUAGAAGAGUAUAACCUGAAGUACUCCUACAUGAAGUCGUGGGCCGGCCUGCUGCGGAUUCUGGGUGUUGUGGAGCUGCUGCUGGGUGCAGGCGUCUUCGCUUGUGUCACGGCUUACAUUCACAAGGACAGUGAGUGGUAUAACUUGUUUGGUUAUUCACAGCCCUUCGGCAUCGGAGGCGUUGGCAACCUCGGCAGCAUGUAUGGGGGCUAUUACUACAGUGGUCCUAAGACCCCUUUUAUACUCGUGGUGGCUGGUUUAGCUUGGAUCUCCACCAUUAUUAUUUUGGUUCUUGGCAUGACCAUGUAUUACCGGACCAUUCUUUUGGACUCUAAUUGGUGGCCCCUAACUGAGUUUGGAAUUAACAUCGCCUUGUUUAUUUUGUAUAUGGCUGCAGCCAUAGUCUAUGUGAAUGAUACCAACCGAGGGGGACUCUGCUAUUAUCCACUGUUUAAUACGCCCAUGAACGCAGCGUUCUGUCGGGUGGAAGGAGGACAGAUCGCAGCCAUGAUCUUCCUGUUUGUCACAAUGAUUGUGUAUCUCAUUAGUGCUUUAGUCUGUCUGAAGCUGUGGAGACAUGAGGCAGCUCGGAGACAUCGAGAAUACAUGCAGCAACAGGAGAUAAAUGAGCCAUCAUUGUCAUCUAAAAGGAAAAUGUAUGAAAUGCCUACCAGCUGUGACAGACAAAAAGACCCAGAAGUUAAUUUCCACAAAUUGAAAGAAACAAAACUGAGGCCUGAACUCCGGAGUGGUCACAUCCCCUCGGGCCACAUUCCCAAGCCCAUUGUGAUGCCGGACUAUGUGGCAAAAUACCCUGUGAUUCAGACAGAUGAUGAACGAGAACGCUAUAAAGCUGUGUUCCAAGACCAGUUUUCUGAGUACAAAGAGCUCUCUGCAGAAGUUCAGGCCAUCCUGAGGAAGUUUGAUGAGCUGGAUGCAGUGAUGAGCCGAUUGCCUUACCAUUCAGAGAAUCCACAGGAACAUGAGAGAAUUGCCAGAGUCCAUGAAGAGUUUAAGAAAAAGAAGAAUAAUCCUACAUUUCUGGAAAAAAAAGAACGCUGUGAUUACCUAAAGAAUAAACUUUCUCACAUAAAGCAAAGAAUUCAAGAAUAUGAUAAAGUAAUGAAUUGGGAUGUACAAGGUUAUCCCUAAACCUUACUUAUUUGUAACCACUUUUUU